GAAUUAUUGACGUCAGAGCAUGUACAACCGAUUAACGGCAAUUUAAGGGUCAGUCGAUUCUCCGGACAGGGCCAUGCAAGCGGGGUGGAAGCAGAAACGGAUGGCGAACUAGAGAAUGAAGAAGUGCUAACAGAGGCAGAUUUGGCAAGUCAGUUGCGAAACGGCUAUCUUAAUGAAGUCGAGGCGAUCCUGACAGCGUGCCAGCAGGUUGCUGAAGGAACCGGCAACCUAGUACAUUGGGCAGCAGCAGCUCAACGUGAACUGGUGCUACUGGGACGCGUUAAGCCGAUCACACCUGCUGAAAUGGCUCUGGAGGCCGACUCUCAGUGGACACAUGGUCUCAUUUCAGCCGUGAGUCUUUUUGGGCUCUUUCUUUUAUCCAAUCUGAUUCAUUCAAAUGCAAAUUUGCAACUCCUUUCAGCUGGCUAUGUUGCCACUGCGGCCAACCAUCUUGUUGAGGUUGCUCAGACUCUCGUGGCUCUCAAGCGCUCUUCUCGUCCACUUUCUGGCCAGAUUGCUGCUGUCACUGCUGAGAUCGCAGCAAGAUCUGAUGCCACUGCUUCUCUCUUUUCUCAACCUGAUACAAAUUCAACUCCAAUUCUCUUUCGGCCAGAGGGCGUAAUUGCGGCCGCCAGAACUGUGGCUUCCUGUACCACCCAGUUGGUUCUUGCUUGCCAAGCCAAAGCUGAUCCAGACUCAGUUAGCUGGCGAGGGCUCAAAAGUGCUGCCUCUGGUGUGAACAGAGCAGUAGAGCGCUUGGUAUGGACGGUGCAGUUGGGUCAGGAAAAAGAGAGACAGGAUUUUCUGGUUGCAGAACAGCAGUUGUUGGAUCAGCAAUUGUACGUCGCAUUUUUAAACAUUGGUUUAUUGUCCUACUUAUGA